AUGUCUGGUAAAUUGCAGAUCAACAAAAGUAUGGCCCAGCGCAUGAAAGCAAAACAGAAUUACGAUGCGACUAUCGAGGAAAUUGAAGAGAAGUACAAAAGGUUGAAAGAGAACUCAGGCGAUCUGAUGACCAUGGUGGCAAAGGACUGCAACCAACUAGAUUCCCUGAUCAAUAAGAAAACUAGUACCGAAGACACGGUCGCCAGUCCGGUAGACGAAGAUGCACAGACAGAAACGUCAGAGAAACCAUCAGAGAGACUAUCGGAGAAACCUUCGGAGAAACCUUCGGAGAAAUCAUCGGAGAGGGUCAGCUCAACGAGCAGUGCCAAGACCAGUCAAGAGGAAUGUGUUUGCCUGCCUAAUAAAGACGGCAGGUGUAUCAGAGAAAAGAUGGCGUCUAAGAUGAUUCAAGCGUCUUCUGUCCAAUCCGAAGUGCCCACAAAGCUGGAAAAGGAAGCGAGCGAAGAGAAGAACCAACAGAAGGAGUCUGAUUCGAAACAGAAUGAAGAAAGAUCCGCCCAGACUUUUGUCACUGGGGAGCCCGAAAUUGACAGCGAUGAGGAUGAAGAGAUUGCUUUUGAGAAAAAAAAGUCAAGACUCAGCCACGCGGCCAAUCAAUAUAAAGAAACGAGCCUUCGUAGAUCUCAAUAA